GCCGGCGGCCCCGGGGCGCCGCCGCCAGCCGGGCGGACAGCUCCGCCGGGGGAUGACUCAGAGCCGCGGCCCCUGCAGCGAAGCCGCCGCCGCACCGUGCUCCGCGCCGCGCCGCCCCAUGCCCGCGUCCCCCGCCGGGGGCCGCGCUCCACCCGCCGCGCCCGCCGCGCCGCGCACCGGAUGAUGCCCCCGCGGGGAGCGGCGGGCUCCUGCCGCCGGCGGCGCCUGGCGCCCCUCAACGAGGACAACGGGCGGUUCCUGCUGCUGGCCGCUCUCAUCGCGGCGUACCUGAGUGCCGGCGCCACCGUCUUCUCGGCCCUCGAGAGCCCGUCGGAGGCGGCGGCGCAGCUCCGCUGGAACCGGACUCUCCACAACUUCAGCCGCAUCUUCAACAUCAGUCUGCCGGAGCUGCGCGCCUUCCUGCGGAGCUACGAGGCGGCCAUGGCCGCGGGUAUCCGCGUCGACGCCCUGCGGCCCCGCUGGGACUUCCCCGGCGCCUUCUACUUCGUGGGCACCGUCGUCUCCACCAUAGGUUUUGGAAUGACCACACCAGCAACCGUGGCUGGAAAAGUAUUUCUAAUCGUUUAUGGCCUUUUCGGGUGUGCCGGAACUAUCCUUUUCUUCAACCUCUUCUUGGAGCGCAUUAUCUCCCUCCUGGCGUUUAUCAUGAAGGCGUGCCAUGAAAGACAGCUGCGAAGAAGUGGCCUCCUACCUCCCAACUUCCGAAGGGGCCCAGCUGUGUCGGGGGUGGGCAGCCUUGUGGGCUGGAAGCCGUCCGUUUACCACGUAAUGCUGAUUCUGGGAAUUUUUGCUAUCACCCUUUCAUGCUGCGCCUCUGCCAUGUACACGGCGGUGGAAGGAUGGAACUACGUUGACUCCUUGUAUUAUUGCUUUGUCACAUUCAGCACCAUCGGCUUCGGAGAUUUUGUAAGCAGCCAAAAUGCUGCGUAUCAAAAUCAGGGAUUAUACAGAUUCGGAAACUUCAUAUUUAUAUUAAUGGGGGUAUGUUGCAUAUACUCUCUUUUUAACGUCAUCUCAAUCGUAAUCAAGCAAGUUUUGAACUGGGUGUUGAAAAAAUUUGAAUGCAGAUGUUGCCCAAAGUGCCAUAAAUCAAGUGCCCGCCUCGGACGUCGCAAUGCCAUCACUCCAGGAGCUCGCCUGCGUCGACAUAACAUCUCAGUGGAUGCUGAUGGACAGUACGACAGUGACACGGAGGGGAGGAGGCUCUCUGGAGAGAUGAUCUCCAUGAGGGAGCUCACGGCAUCAAAUAAAGUCUCCCUGGCCAUUUUGCAAAAGCAGUUGUCUGAGACAGCCAACGGCUACCCAAGGAACGUUUGUAUCAACACGAGACAAAACGGCUUCUCUGCAGGGGUGGGUGCUCUAGCCAUCAUGAACAACCGCUUGGCAGAAACAAGUGACUCUAGGUAGAGUUUUUGAAAUGCGUUUUGUUUAUUUAAUAAAAAUAAAACGGUGAUUGGGGUGGAAUUGUCACUGUAAGCUACUGGAAAGUUUUAAAUUCAGAGACAGUCUUGGUAUUCUUUGGGUGUUCAGCAUUUUAGUUUCUGGGGGUUUUAUAAGUCUUCUCUAAUAUGCAGUAACAUCUUUACUGUAAUGUUGCAAUUUUCCCCAAAGGGGUUUUUGGAAGAGACUUGCAUGUCUUUGAUGCAGAAUAUGAUGCAAUUGUAGAAGGAUGGUGUGCAUGGUUAGGAUGGUGUCAAAACCAACAUGCUCUUCUCCAGAACAUAACCUGAACACAAACUCUGUUAAAAUAGAUUAAAUGGGCAAUUUUGGCUCCAGAUUCAAACUUGGGGUUAAUAAGGUUUGGCUAAACCAGUAUCUCACAGUUUGUUAAAGUCUGGAUCUGGCCCUGAACUUUGUGCUCAAUACUCUUCAGCAAUUCCUCAUAGCAGGCCUGUAUAUAACAUACAUGUAGGUGACUGCAGUUACACCAGAUUUAGGGUGACUGUGCUUCACUUGAAUAAUCCUACUGAUUUCAAUGGCAGAGGAUUGAAUGGGCUGAAUUCCCCUGGCUAGAAAUGAUGGGCUUUAGCCAGUCUUGUCUGAAACGCUACCUACUACCUAACUCUUAAAAGCCAGGGGAUUAUGAAGAACAAUGUUAGAAUGUGCAAAACUCUUCCUACCUACUGAGUUACUGAAAACAGGCAAUUAUCAACUUUAGUACUGACUUCAUUUAAUGCAAGAGAAGCCAGUAUGCAUGUCUGGUGUCAAAUAAUUUCUUUUACAUGAAAAUAAGUAGCUAAAAUGAAUGUAAUGUUGUCCUAAAUUUGCAUCUUUUACUUCUGCAAUAUUGCUGCAGAGAUUCACAGAAAUUGUUUCCUUGCAGUUCUUUGGGGGCCCCAACCCUGUACUUGUUUCCCACAUUGUGUAGGUUACACAGAAGAGCAUUGCUUUGGAGCUCCCCUAGAAGCUGGCUUCCCCCAAAACAUAGCUGUUUCAUAAAUUGUCCUUAGGCUGUUGCUUCUGUCUUAAGUCAUAUUUAACCUGUGCUAGCCCAAACCACUGAAGCAAACCUGGUCUAAGUGUCUACUUUAGCAUGACCAACAGGUGCAGAGGAAUUGCUGCAAAUCUCCUUCAGAAAUACAUGCACAGCUCUGGAUCGUUUCUCUAAGUUCUCUAUACUAUGCCACUCCUUUAAUGCUGUGGAGAUAAUGAAAAGGCUUCUAUUGAUUCCAGCAAGAAAUAAAACUUAAGCUUAGAGUCUGAGAAGCCACAAUUGCCUGCUUUUGAAAACUGCUUGGGAAAUUAUAAACAAGACCAUGAGUACUAGGUUGAGUGCUGAAUACAUUGAAAAAGUUGAUGCAAACAAACUAGGAAUAUUAGAAAUGUUUGAAAAUAUUUCCAUGAAGUUUCACAUAGAUGUUUUACUCUGUUUACUUACUUUACUUUGUUUUGCAUGGGUUUGGGGGAUCCAUCUUUUUGCUUUCCUUUAAAUUUGCAGUAGUGGAAAACAUUUUGGAAUUUAACCUUGGAAAACUAACUUUUCAUUUGAAGUCUUGCACACUUGCGCCUGCCAGCUGAAGUAUUGCAGUGAUUGUAUCUUUUGCCUAAAGGAGAUGAAAUCAGAGCAGCAGAUAAACCGUCACACCUGGAUCUGCAUCAUACUAUAAACAUAGUCACAGCUUUUAUCAAGAUGCGUUUGGCCAGAAACACUCAAUGAUGUUUGUGUUCUGUUUGUAGCUGAUACAGAUUCAUAUUUAAGAGUACGUGGUAUGGCAGAGACAGCAUUCAAGAGAUGUUCAUCUGGCAGGAGCUUCCUUGGUGGCAGAGAGACUCCCUAAGGUCCAUGUGUCUGAGUGCCUCUACCUCAGAUGCUACAUUUGUUUGGCCCUUUGAAGAAUCAGACAGAGGUCAAAGUGUUUGGUGAUCCUAAUUUGAAGCCCAAUGAAGGCUAAAUUUAAGCAGGAUGUGUAGGGGCAGGUCAUGGUUUGGGAAAGAUUCAAAGACUGACCACAAAGACCCAGUUCAGGAAGGCUUCUUCCAGAGAUGCAGGAAACAUCUUUAGAACCGCAGGGACAGGGAAUGAAAAUUUGUUCUUUUCCCUCAGGAUUACCCACAAGGAUAAAUCUCUUUAAUGAUGAAGAUUUAUAUGUUUGUUUCUUAAGAGGCUGAAUGGGGCCCUAUUCUCUUUUUGCAGCAAGACAUCUCUUAGGGUUGUGCCUUGGUAUAUUUGCCAUUACGGAGACUAUUACUCAUUAGAAUGGAUGCCGCUAUGUGAAGUGCUUUGCAAAUCAAGGCAGACAGACUCUGUCCCGAAGGACUUAGGAGUUUGAAGAUAUAGGACCCCAGGUCACAGCAGAAUUACUUAGGUUUAUUAUUUUACUCAUAAAACAUGUUCAAAUGCAUUAACAUUCUGUGAACUCAAGAACUAUAUUUUUAUGAUAACAAGUUUGCAAAUUAAGGGGUUUUAUUUUUUCAGUAAGCUGUUUUUAAAGGAUAAAUAUUAUAACUAUGAUAGGGACCUGUUUAAAUAUUUAUAAAUUGUUUUCAAACUACCUAUUCCUGCCUGGAAAUACAGUGUAGUAAUACAAAAUUGUACGUACCUCCUCUGCUAUUUCUGUACUUCUUCUGAGUCCAGUCAAAGGCAGACAUGCCAUCUGGUGUAAUACGAUUUGAAUGUUUCCAAGCCUUUUUGGUACCAUUGGUCACACUGGUGCCAUUGCAGGACCCUUUGUAGUUCCUAUAGACUCCAAGAGGAGUUGGAUUAGCUCCUAAGGCUGGGUUCCCCAAGGGAUUUGGGCAUCUGUUUGCUAUUCUGUGCACUUAAGUCUAAGGUUUCUUUACUCCCAAAAUCAUUGAUAAACUCCAUUCUGCACCUCCUUAGCCUCAUAGAUAUAUAAAAGGCAUGCCUAAGUGUCUACCAGUGCCCCUGUUUCAUGCAGUGCACGUAUCUCCAGAAGCUGACACAACUCAACCACAGUGAAGCCCAGUUUAUAUAUGGGCCCCCAUAACAAAUCCCCAAACCCAUGUGGCUCAGCAAGGCCAUUUUAUGAGAUGGUACAGAGCAUGGUUAAUGAGCUUGUUCUCACUGGGGAGCAUCUUACAAGGGGUGGCCUUACAUUCAGUAGGCAAGUUAUCUUUCAAGGAUGAGUGAAAACCAAGCUCCAAAUCUUUACUCUUCUGCCCGCUAACCGUCACCUGUGUGCAUGAGUACAUGAGCCAAGAUGAUGUAGGAAAUUGGAGAUCAGUCUUUCCUAGUCCUCCCUGCUCUUUCUUUAGCUUUUUUUUUUAUGACAACUUGUCUUUAAACUUGCCAGACUUGGGCACUGAACUCGUCUUUUUGAUUGUGCAUGGUCCAGCUCAGGAUUCCCUGGGGCAGACUACUCUUUUUGUGAAUUAAAUGCUAAACAUGCACCAGCUGCACCAAGUGCAAUUCCUCCUGGUGUUUCGUUUUCACAGACAAAACAGAUACCUGCAAUACCCGGACACAGGCCUGGAGCACAAGAAAUCAGAAGGAAACUGAAGGAAGAGAGUGGGACAGUGAAAGUACACUGCACUAGAUUGCAAUUUCUUUUAAGGUGACUUGGGAGUUGUAUUACAUUCUUGAAAUUUUCUUUUUUCCAGGUUUUAUUUUUGGACAGCCUCGAAAGAGUGCAAUUAACUUUGGACUUAAAAGUUCAUCUUCCCUGAUACUACCCCCUCUGCACCACCCUGCAACACAGCAGCAGUGACUCCUACCUGGCACAGACCCAGACAUCCCAGUUGCGCUCUGAGCAGGUGGGCAGCACAGAUGGGAGCCCAGAUCCCGUGUCCCUCAUUGGACUUUUGCUGUCUGAGCCUGAGAAGAGCAUCCAGGAGCAGGAGAAAGCUGCAGGACUCGGGGCUUCUCUGCGAGCCAGGCCCUAGUGAGAGCAACGAUUGCACAGGCAUGAGCUGCUCCGACCUCCAACAAGAAGGGAGGAGAUAUUGUUUUCACCUGGCCCAUGUGCUAAUACCUUGCAGAUAAGAAUUAAAAUUUAAGUAAAAAUUUAUAAGGGACAAUGACCAAAUUCAACCGAUGUCUUAUCUUUCCCCUGGAACUCAGGGCAGAAUGGUUACAGGGAACAGUUUUCUUGUGAAACCUGUAGUGUGGCAAGUUGCUACAUCUGCUUCUUGGGGUUGGUCUUCCCUGUGUGUGUCUUGGACAAAGUUUGGAGUUGCACUGAGAUGUCACCUGAUUCUCUUUGGUUUCUUCCCAUCUGCAAACACAAUUCUCAUUUUGUGCAAAAAAUUCAGGUUGUUUUUUAUUUCCUUGCAAUGCGAAGGAUGUCCUUCAGAUGCCAUAGAUGUUCAGGGGAGCAAUCUCAUUGACCUCAGUUGCAGACAGACGUUUCUGAAGGAUGAGGCUAUAGUUUCCCUGUCACCCUAUGGAAGAAGCAUUGCACAAAUAUCUCCAUUACUGCUAGCAAGAUGUACAAAGGUACUUUAGGCAGUGGUUGGGGGGCCAUGCAGCAGUAGGCACAACUGAAAAUGGAAAGAAGAAGGUCUGUUAUAAAGGAUAUCUGUGCCUCUUUGACAUGUACAUGCUAACUGAUAACGCAGUUGCCAGCUCUGCUUGCAGCAAAAUUUACUCAUGGAAGAGAGGAAAGGCAACAAAACUACACUAAAGCUCUCGGUGACCACCUAAUGCCAUGCUGGGGUUACCCAGAGAUGCACAGGGUUGCUGCCCAUUGCUGUAGCGCUGGUGUCCCCGCACAGCUUUGGCCCUGGCCCAUAGUCACUUCUUCUCCCAGCUUUCUGUGGGUGAAAAUUCGGGUAUACUAUGACCAUUUACCUAUAUUUCAGUCAUGUCUUGACUUGCUACUGAACGGAGGACUUCAGCAGCAGUGGAGGCCAUAUAGCCAGGCACAUGGACCUGCUAUGAACCUGAUUGCCCAUGUGGGCCAAAUUUAUAAUCAUAUGGAAAUUAGCUGUAACAACGAGACUGUUCUCAUUUUUUUGUGUUUUUCUAACCUUUAACUUGAAAAAUAUUCAGUGACUAAUUAUUACAAUGAAUGUUCAGAGCUAAUCUAAACAAAAUCAUACUUUGCUAGCAAAUCUAUGGAUAUAGCUUCUGCUCUAACUGGAUUACUAAUGUGCCUUUCCAAACCAACACACAUUUUCAAUGUUAUAUUUAAAUUAUACAAUAGAUGUUAUGUUACAUAAUAAAUUCAGUUAGGGCAUAUUAAUACUUGACUCACACAAAGUAACUAAUGAAGUGUGCAUUACGCACUGUACAACCAAUAUGCGAUUUCUUUUUUGUGAAUACAUCCACAUUUGAGCUCAUAUAUUGCGUUUGUGAAUGCUCAUGCAAGGAAAACAGAAGCAUUACAUUUUGGAAGAUGCAGGAAGGUGUAGCCAAUUCCGCUGAGAUCUGACACAUAGGAUACGCACAGCAAGUGAUUCAUUAUGCAUUGUAAAUAUGUUGUGAAGCAAUGGCACAGGGGAAGGACUACUUCAGUUUACACGGCCACAGUCUGAAUGCAGCUAUCAAUAAAGACACAUGCCUUUUUUCUUAAUCUUUUUGUUUAUUAAAUAGAUAAUAUCCACCCUUGAAUUAGAAUAUACCUUUGGGUGUCAAAAAAAAAAAAAAAAAAAGGCAAUUCCCUAAAUAUUGCAUAGCCAAAAAGAGAUAUAGGAUCAAAUCCAAACUUUCAGCUCUCAGGAACCAACAUGGUGUAGUUUUACUUUUAACUGGGGUUGCAAACCUGCAGCCUUUCUGUCUGUUGUAUUUAGUCCUUCCUUGGGAUAGGAAAGAGACAGUAAAUAUGGAUACGGUUUAUAACAGAGUACACAAUAGCCUGACAGUUUAGCAUGAGGGGAAAAAAGAUACAAGCUUUUCCUAAGGUACAGCAAGUGUACUGUUAUCAAGGAAUGGGAAGUGUGGGGAAAGGGAAAGGCUCGGGAGUGUUUUCCAACAAAUCCAGCAGAAAACCAAAUACUUGCUUUGCUCUCCAUAUGCAUGUGCAUGAUGCCCCGUCACAAAAUGGUGAGACACUGUCACAUCCCCAAGUAGCUCUCGUGGCACAGAGGCUCAGCUACCUUGUCUGGAACAUGCAGUAUUUUGUGAGAAACAGGGGGAAGAGAGAGGGACCACAUGCUUGCACUCACCAUCCACACUUCAUUUAGGAGGUGAACACUGUCAAGGGCUGAUUUUGGGAAGAAGAUCACCCAGCCUACGACUGGAAGAGCAGCCAUGCUCUUGCAGCAGCCAUCACCCUUGCAGUGAUGAACAGUAUUUUGGGUCCAUUGUAGGUGCAGAUUCUCAUGUCCCUAGUCCCCCCAGACCCACGGCCACGCCAUGCCCAGGUGUGUCCCAGCCAGCUUACAAGCUUGGGCUCAGCAUGAAGAUGUGAGUGGAUUUGAAAUUGUGUAACAUCAUCAUCCCAUGUGUUUUCAGGCUUAGGCCUCCAGCAGUUGAUGCUUUAUCAGACCGUCUGAGAGGUACAAAGGUGUUCCUGUAGCCUCUUUGUACUUUGCAGACUAUAAGAGUACUUUGUAAAGCCAGUGAGUCAAUGCAAAACUAAUGCUUUUAUAAUAAUACACAAUAAACAACAUGAAAAAAAAAUACUGAUAUUUCUGACAGUGUGCAAUUCAAACCCCAAGUUUUGUCUCAAUGGCUGUCAUUUCCUAAUUUUUGUACUAGUGAAUCAGUUUUAUUCCCUGAAACUAAAAUGAUGUCUAGAAAAUUUUUGCCUGUAGUAACAUCCAUGGGCUGUACAGGCAGUGCAAAAAUUAAGUUCCAAUUUUAUUGUAAAACCUCAGUAUCAAAAGCACAUCUGAAAAAAAUAGUUUUGUGUGUAUAUAGGCAUUAUUUAUUUACAAAAAUAAAAAAUUCGAUUUCUCUACAUAUAUAGACACCCUUAUAGCUCACUAGAAUACUACUUUGUUGUAUACCCUGUACAAAAAUAUUAGUUCAAAAUUUCAAGCCAAUUUAAAAUACUUUAAUUACAAUUUAUCUCCUCAAAAGUAUUCCUGCUUAUAUUAUUUCUUUUUAAAGGGGCACAGCGUGGUAGAUAUCUUCAUCUGAGCUGGCAUUAUUAUCUGCUAUUACAAACAUCAAGAAUUUUACUUCUGCAGUUGAUUCUACUGAUUUUGGUGUUUGCUUACUUCUGUAUUCUACUAGGUGUGAAUUACAAAAUGAAUGAUCAGUGUUCUGCUAAUUCCUGCUUGGUAUCACUUUACCAUUUGCAUUGAUUACAAGCAGCUGAAAUAUUAACACUAGCAAAUAAAUCAGCAAAUGUUCCCAGACACACCAAAAUCAGACACUUUUCUGAACCUUUUUGGUUUAAAAAUUAUUUUGUAAAGUCUGAGUGUAAAUUACUUGUCGUGGUUGGAAUUGGAAGAUAGAUAAUUUUUCCUUCCAACAGAAAUCCUUGACAUGAACCCAAUGAAAGAUGCUAAAGAUCGAGUUUUAAGUGAAAAGACCUUCCUAUUUUAUUUGCCCAUUUUAUCUAAUUUGUUUAAAAAUUUUAAAAGAUAGUCAGAAGGAUGAAAAUCCCACUUGGAAAAUGCCCCAUGCUGUACGUUCACUCCUAUGAAUCAAACUUCUAGAAGGAUUAAAACUGAGGCUACCAGAUGGCUGCAAACACAAUUAUAUGUACAGACCUUCCAAACCUGUUUGGCAAUUGCAAACUAAGGGCAUGCUAAUGUAAUUCUAAUUCAGGCAAAGAGAUAUAAAUGAUAGAGCUCCACUCACCACUAACCACUGGAACGCAGCUACGACUGCUGGCAAUUGUGCUAUUGGAAAAGGCAAAAGAGAAAAAAGACUGACAUUAUAUUGAGCCACUCUUGAAACGCACAUCAUAGUGCUGUAGCCUGCGCUAGACUGUUCCUGGCCACCUUUGAACCUCGGUUUAUUCCCAACACUGGAGUGUUUGGGACACAGGUGCAGUUAUCAACUUAUUUUAUCUUCAGCCUCAGCGCUGGCAAAGCAGUAAUGCUGUGAUCCUGCUUUCUUCGUAAAAUCUAUAGAGAGAUUUGUUUAGGACUUCUGUGUGAUGACAGCACAUAUAAAUAUUACACGAUGAAUCAGUUACCAAUUCUGGUUUUAUUUGCUAAGAGAUCUUUAUCAGUAAAAAAGGGAAAAAAUUAUCUUACCAUCCUACAAGUACAGUGAAGCAACAAAAGUGCUGCUCUGAUCUGAAAGUAAGGUGCUAAAAUACACAACUGGGCCCCAAAGCUCAGGCACGCCCCACAAAAUUACUGUAGCAUUUGUUUCUAAUGCUCCAUGCACCUGCAUCUCAAGGGGAAAGCCUCUGUUUCUGACACCACUGGGGAAGUCAAGAGUUAUAUUUUCUUCACUGUAUGCAAUCAAAGUGUAUUUGAGGACAUGCAUCAGUCUGAAUAGUGCUCAGCGAUGGAGUUGCCUCCAUCCUCAAUGUAAGCGCGCCCGUGGUCAAGGGACCCUGAAUACUGGUCCAGUCCCCAGCAGAAAAUGGACCUGCCUCGGGGUGUCUGUGGUUUUUGGAGAGGAGCCAAAUGUCAUGGCAACCUGCAGCUGCCUCCUCCGGCCAAGUGUCCUGGGGCAUGGGACCCAUCCCACCGCCAGCCCCUGGCCUGCAGCCAGCAAAUGUUCUGCCAGGAAAGUGGUGCAAAUCAUCAGCAGUGCGGUCGUAUCCAUGCCUUCUUAAUGGGCUAAAAACAUCAGAAAGUAUAGAGAGCAUUUUCUAUUUUAAUGAUCAAAAGGGUGUUGCCCGUUAUUCACAGCCUACACACAAGAUGUCAUAAUUUUCAAUUUUUCUAUGCUGAUCAUUCAAUCCAUUUGACAGUUGACCUUCAAGUGGUCAUGGUUUUUCUAUAAAAAAAAAAAAAAAAGAGGGAAAAAAAACAAAGCAAAACGCCCAAUAUUAGCGUAUCAGAAAAGCAAAAGUAAUCCUAAAUGAGGCCAUGAGCUCAUAUGCAAAAGCUGUGAGCAGAGCUGCCUCUGCAGCAGCCAGCUGCUUCCCCAGCAGUGGGAGAAAUCUGGGUUCAGGAGAGCAGCAGGUGGAUGUUUGGGGUGCUGAACAUUGCCCUGCGAACAGCUGCAGCACCAAAGCUGGCACUUUCUGAACAAGUUUCUGCAGCUGUUUCUACACUGUUCAGGAAAUCUCCAGAGCUGAAAUCAGAGGAUGGUAGCAAGUCUUAUAUAAGAUUUUUAGUGUCACCGGUGGAUAUGGGGAUUAGCCAGGGACUAUCGUAACACCCAAGAGGAAUUUCAGCUGAGUGUUGGUCAGAAAAAAUGGCAUUUCUCUGGCCAGCAACAGCCACGGCAGGUUCCAGUGCCUGGCAUCACUCAACAUACUCCCAAAGGGUUGAAUGGUACAGAAAUUACUUAAACAAGCUGAAAGAGCUGGUAGGUUCUAUGAAAUAAAUGCUGCCGUUGCCUGAGUCUGGAAUAACUCAGUUGAAUUGCAGGUAGUAAAUAGCCUAAUUAAGCAGAUGUAAUGACUUUUAAAUGUUUGCUAGAAGUCAAAAGGAGCUGCAUGUAUUUUUCCAGCACAAUUUCAGUUGUGUUUACUGAGUCAAGAAAUGAAAUGAAGCGGCAUAAAUUCUGGUAAAUCAUUGAUCAGAAAGCAUAGAUUUUUACUCUUUCAGAUGCUGUUUCCCAGCAAAACAUCAAACUGGAAUAAAUUUCAAGAUUAAAAUCUAUUUAAUCAAGUGGCAUCUUUUAAAAUGCUUUAAUACUGUGUUGACAGGAACCUUGCCUCCAGUGCAUACCGCAAUUGUAAGUGCUUUUAAUGAAAUGGUCCCGUUUUUGACAUCAGCUCAGGAUAUUUCCACUCUAAGAUCUUUGAAUGAAGAGGACUAAAAGCCAUAUACUAAGCCAAUUAAAUACAGAUCACAUUUCUACUAGUAUGUUAUAUACAGUUUGCAAACAAAAAUGGGUAUUUUUGACUUGGCACCCCUUCAUUCACAGAAGCACAGUUAUGGAGCUGGGAUGCAGAGAGGGCUGAUGUGCAGCCGCAUUACAAAGCGACGCAGAGGUGUUGGUGGAGGAUGUGUAGAGCUGGUAGUUCAUGAGACCAUGGAAGAACUCACUGAUGGUGUUCAGGGUACAUUCCUGUGUGGUUUUAAUGCUGUGAUACGCAACCGAGUCUGAGUUCUGUAUAUCUGGGAGGAAGUCAAAUUCUAGGUGACAUUCAGAUUGUUGCAAUUACGCUAUUACAAAGACUUUUUAAAUAAACAGGAGGAAAAAUGUU